AACUGAACCAGCAGUUAAACUGAAAGUAGCAUUCUGUCAACAGCAAGAUGGUCGAGGGACGUGAAAAGUGGAGCCGAAAUGUGGAAUAUUUGUUGGCCACGGCCGGGUACGCAGUUGGUUUAGGAAACGUAUGGAGAUUUCCGUACCUGUGUUACAAAAGCGGCGGAGGGGCGUUCCUACUCCCGUUUCUCAUUAUGCUGGUCCUGUGUGGGAUCCCUCUGCUCUACAUGGAGAUGGCGGUGGGCCAGUUGACACAGCAGGGGCCAAUAGGGGCUAUCAACAGGCUCUGCCCUUUUUUCAAAGGAGCUGGGCUUGCCACAGUUGUGAUCUCCUUCUUAUUUACGACAUACUACAACGUGAUCAUAUCGUGGGCGUUCUACUACAUGUUCAGCUCGUUCACCUCAACUCUGCCUUGGGCCGACUGCAAUCAUGACUGGAACUCCGAACAUUGCUUUGACGGGGCCAAUAAAACAAUAUUGGACCCAAUUACCAACGCAACAAUAAUCGUCUCUCGUUCAAAUGAUAGCCUCUCCCCAUCAGAAGACUUCUUUGAACAGCGUGUUCUUGAAAAGACUUCCGGCAUCGAUGAGCCGGGCGCCCUACGUUGGGACCUCUCUCUCAUUCUGCUCAUGUGCUGGAUACUCGUCUACUUCUGUAUAUGGAAAGGACCACGAUUCACAGGAAAGGUGGUGUAUUUCACUGUGACAUUCCCGUACCUCGUCCUUGUCAUACUGCUGGUGCGAGGCCUCACACUGCCAGGGGCCAUAAAUGGGGUCCUCUACUUUGUUGUUCCACGAUGGGAACUCCUCAAAGAUGCAAAUGUGUGGGUAGCUGCUGCGGCUCAGACCUUCAACUCCCUGGGAAUUGCCUUCGGUGGCAUCAUCACCAUGUCCAGCUAUAACAGCAAAAGCCAUAGAAUCCUCAAAGAUGUGCUGGUCAUAGGCAUAGUGGAUGCGUUAACAUGUAUCCUUGCGGGCCUGGCUAUAUUCUCCAUACUGGGAUAUCUGGCUUAUAACCAGGGCAUGGAUGUGGAAGAUGUUAUCAAGGAAGGUCCCGGCCUUGUGUUUGUGAUCUACCCUGCGGCGUUUACCAGUAUGCCCGUGUCCCAGCUCAUCUCUGUUUUGUUCUUUCUCAUGCUUGUUACUCUGGGAAUUGACAGUCAGUUUGCAUCUGUGGAGGUAAUAGUGACCACCAUACAGGACCAUUUUGGUCUCCAAGUGAAGAAGUACCUAAGGAGGAAGGAGAUACUGGUCCUGGUUGUCUGCAUUGUAUCCUACCUAUGUGGCCUUCCUAAUGUUACUCAGGGUGGUAUCUAUUUCUUCCAACUGAUCGACUACUAUGCAGCUGCCAUGUCCCUUAUGUACCUGGCAUUCUUCGAAGUCAUUGCCAUCACAUGGUUUUAUGGUGCUAGGCGUCUUGCAAAAGACAUUGAGAAGUCAAGCGGGGCUGCGCCACCCAUUUUCUUCAUUAUUUGUUGGUACUUCAUUUCACCGCUCCUCAUUCUAGGCAUCUGGAUAUUCAGCCUGGUUCAGUACAAGCCGUUCUCCAUGGCCGGGUAUGAGUAUCCUACCUGGGCCACAGUGCUGGGCUGGCUGCUAGCCGCCAUGUCCAUUGUGUGUAUUCCAGCUGGAAUGGUGCACACUGUGAUCUCAACUAAAGGAAAUUCCUUGUGGGAGAAGUUCCGUAAUUCACUGAAACCUCUUGACGAACCCGAGGAAGAAUCUCUCCACAUGAAUUCGGUACAGAAUGUGAAAUUCCUCUCUGAGAAUGAUCAUUUGACCAAUGGGACGGCGUUGUUUAACCAUACAGGAGACAACGUCUACCCCCAACUAGACAGUGGGGUGGAGCCCCUGAAUUAUCGUAAAGUGUAAAAAUUGAUGAUUUGUAUAAGACAAUUCUUAAUAGUGCCUGAAGCUAUUAAGCUAUUUGUUUAAAACUUGAAUGAAAAAACCGAUGUAUUUAUCUUUAGCGUUUGUUUUAAUGCAAAGCCAGCGAAAAAUACUCUUGGAUUCUCAUUCAUAUUCUAAGAGGCUGGUCGACACUUAUGUUAACAUUUUUUAUCAAAAAUAACUUGUAAAUGUUAAUUGGUAUGUUAAUUUAUUGUGUUUUCUCCCAUUUUCAACCACUUUUUUGUAAAAUAAAGAAGUAUGGUCGAGUUAUUUCAGAUAAGGGCAAAUUUGGAUGAGAAUAAAAAAAAAUUGUGCUAAGUUGAAAAACAAGUACCUUAAUCAUUGUUUUCACUUGUUCAACCUAUUAACUUUUGGACUGUCAUUACUGAUUGCUGUGGAUGUUUUGACUUUGACACAAUUAUGUCAAGACCACUGAUGCCCUUAAAUGUUGCCAUUUAUGAAAUAUAAAAGAACACUUUUUGUUUCAAUAUAGGAGAAAUAGAAAGAUAAUUGUUAAAAGAUUUAGUUAAUCCUUUCCAUAUUAUAUGGUUGAAUUAUUUUAAGAUAUUUGAUAACUUUCUCUUGUAUGACCAGCUUUUAAAAUAACUUGCUACAAGUUUUCAAUAGUUAUAAACUGUAUACCAGUGUUAUUAAUAUGUUCUGUAUUGCUCUUCUCAUGUAUGUUUAUUUUUACAGAGUCAUGAAUUACCACCAAUUUUAAGAAAUUUUAAGAAGUGCAUAACUUUACAGAUGUCAAAAUACAUGUUGUUCUCCAUUGUUUAACUAUAUGCACUAUUUUUGUCUUGGGAAUAUUGUUUAAAUAUUGUUAGCUAUUUUGUUCUGGAUGAUAGUACUAACUACAUGUAUCUUCAUAAAUACUUAAUAUAUUUACGCAGAGAAUAAGAGACGAGUAUAUACAAAUAUGGCAUGACGCUUUUUCUGAUAUAACAAAAUUGAUUAAUUUUUGUAUGGUUAAACUGACUUUGGAGUUGAAAAUUACAUCAACAAUGCUAAACAAGAUAUAUUAUCCAAAUUCAGUCUCUAUUCACACUGUUUAGAGUAAGAAAUGGGAAGAUAAAGCAACAACAUUAGGGAAAACAGAGAAACGGGUAGAUAAAGCAACAACAUUAGGGAAAACAGAGAAAUGGGAAGAUAAAGCAACAACAUUAGGGAAAACAGAGAAAUGGGUAGAUAAAGCAACAACAUUAGGGAAAACAGAGAAAUGGGUAGAUAAAGCAACAACAUUAGGGAAAACAGAGAAAUGGGUAGAUAAAGCAACAACAUUAGGGAAAACAGAGAAAUGGGAAGAUAAAGCAACAACAUUAGGGAAAACAGAGAAAUGGGUAGAUAAAGCAACAACAUUAGGGAAAACAGAGAAAUGGGUAGAUAAAGCAACAACAUUAGGGAAAACAGAGAAAUGGGUAGAUAAAGCAACAACAUUAGGGAAAACAGAGAAAUGGGAAGAUAAAGCACCAACAUUAGGGAAAACAGAGAAAUGGGAAGAUAAAGCACCAACAUUAGGGAAAACAGAGAAAUGGGAAGAUAAAGCAACAACAUUAGGGAAAACAGAGAAAUGGGAAGAUAAAGCAACAACAUUAGGGAAAACAGAAUUUGUUAUGUUCACAGAAUACUGUUGAACCUGAAAACCAUUUUAUGCUAUGCUGUAAGUCUUAUGAAGAUAUGUCUGUAUAUAUUCAAUACAGUUGUUGUACAAUUUAAUUAAAUUGUUUCCAAUAUAUUUCAGGAUUAAUUAUAUUGCUCACUUAGUAUGUGUGUAUUUUUUAACUAAGUAUCCACCUAGUACAUGCAAUAAUCAUGUAUCAUCAUUAUACCUGUAACAGAUUUGUUUGUAUUUAUAAUUGAUGUAUGUCUUGGCAGUAACAUAGUAAUGUUUGUUAAUGGAUGAAGACAAUGUAUGUUGAUUGUAAUUAAACUCUGAAACAGUUGUCUAUUUAUCAGAUGUAUAGAUUACAGCAUUUACAACAAAAGCUGGGUGAAUAUAUCAAAUUGUUUCUUCAAGAUUUACAUAAAAAUGUUUAUACAGAUACAUGGUAACUCAAAAUGAUAUGUUAUGGUUUACAGUGUAAUGUUUUAUUAUAUAGAAAUAGCUUGUGAUCAUAGUGUAGUCUUGUAGUUUUUCUAGGUAACUUUGAUCUCUAAAAUUUAUGAUCAUGAAAAUACUCAAUUAUGGCAGGAUCUCUAGCUGCAGUUUUUAUCUGUGACUGUGAUUAUGCUUCUGAAUCAUAUGUAUAUUACAUUGUGUUUCAUCUUUGCCUUUUGAAAUGAUAAAGAAGAAGUUUAAUACAGAAACGAUAUCAUACACAAUGGGCGGAUGGUUCAGAACGUCGCUAAAGUUAACAACCUAGUAAACGUCAUAAUUGUUAACUUUAAAAGUUGAAAUAUUCUAUGAUGUGCUUAUGUAUUUGCAUUAAAUAUGAAACUAAAACUGUUUGCUCAUUUUGUUGGAAAUAACUGCAGAUCACAAGUGUAUCGAUUUAACUUCCAGCGCCAUGAAGAUUUUAAAGUUAACACCAUUGAUGUUAACAAUGAUGUUAACAAUGAUUUUUAAGUGACACUCUUGUUCAAAAUCAUUACGUACACAUGUAUAACAAACAUAAAUUUUGACAGAUAAACCUUUAACUACUAACUAAAUAAUGCAUUUAUGGAAACUAUCAAUUACUGAUAACAAGAUCGUAACCUUGUAUUUAAUAGAGAAAGUGCAAAAAUAUUAAAUGAUUGGUGAAUGCUAAAAGAUUUACUGUGAUUUACUAUAGUCUAUAGUAUAAAUACCGUGUUUUAUUCACAUUUCUUUCAAAUUAAACUUGGUAUCCUUAAUAAGAACCAUUGUUUUCGACGUGUAUUCAUCCUUUUUGGUAUAUUAAAACAUUAUUAUUAAAUGUGGUAAAUCUUAUUUGGGAGUAAGAGUGCAUCUUUAAAAACGAUGUUAACUUUAACAAUGUUAUGAAGAAUUAGUCAAUUAUUUGUUAAAAUAUAGGUCAAAAUGACCCAUGAUAUGAUUGUCAUUGUAACUGUAGUCAAAAAUAGUGUUCAGUGAAACAGGUUUAUUUUUUAAUCAAUAGGUCAGAGUUUCAGUUCAAACUUGUAUUAAAAAAACAUAAAUUGUUCAUAGACAUUGUAUAUUCAAAGAAUUGUUUUCAUAUUUUACGGCAGCUCAAUUUCAUGUUUUAAGAUAUUUUUUUGCUAGGAUAUUUUAUUGUAUUUUAAUCAAAUCAAAAUUGUCUUGGAUUGUAUAAGAUAUUUUAAAAGGAUAGCUGUUUGCAUCAUACUUUAUAGGUUUUUAAUGUAUUUAAUAGGACGUUUUAUUGUAUUUAUAUGUUAUUUUAUUGUAUUUUAUUGGCUAUUUUAUUGUAUUUUAUAGGUUAUUUAACUGUUUUAUAUAGAAUAUUUCAUUGUAUUUUAUAGGAUAUAGGAUAUUUUAUUGUAUUUUAAAGGCUAUUUUAUUGUAUUUUAUAGAAUAGUCUAUUCAAUUUGUAUUUUAUAUAAUAUUUUACUAUAUUUUAAAGACUAUUUUGUUGUAUUUUAUAGGAUAGAAUAUUAUAUUUUAUAGGUUAUUUUAUUGUACUUUAUAAGAUUUGUAUACCAUUUGUUUAAUUGAAUGUAAUUUAAAUCUUUUUAGAUGAAAAUAGCCAUAGUUUUAUGAUAUUUAUAAUAGAUCACAGAUUUUGGAACUAUAGUUGUCUGUUUCUUCAUUGCAUUGAGACAAAAAGUGUUCUUCUUGCAAAAAAGACAGCAAGUUAAUGAUUGUUAAAAAAAUAAAGAAUUGAAGCUUU